GCGCCUCACUAUGAAUUGGUUUGGAAAUUACUUCCCUAAAUUUCCUGAGGAUGUUUCCUUCCUCAAUGUACACUCACCUCUGUUGCUUUCACUCCUCUCAUCUGAAGAUGAACAACAUUUUAUUUCCAGUAUGAGGAGCCAUGGGCCAGCUCAGGCUGUGGUGAAGCAGCCUGUCCGGGGAACGCCUGGCAGGACCACCAUCACAGCGAUUGUCCAGACUGGGGGAGACUGGAGCACCGGCCUCUUCAGUGUCUGCAGAGACAGGAGAAUCUGUUUCUGUGGUCUGUUUUGUCCAAUGUGCCUCGAGUGUGACAUCGCCAGUCAUCAUGGAGAGUGCCUUUGUUGGCCACUGUUACCUGGGUCCACCUUUGCACUGAGAAUUGGCACCAGAGAGAGAUAUAAAAUACGGGGCACCCUGUGUGAGGACUGGCUCGCCGUGCACUGCUGUUGGCCCUUUUCCAUCUGUCAGGUGGCCCGGGAGCUCAAGAUGAGGGCCUCCCGACUCUACGAAAUCUAUGCAGCUCCUUCAACCAAGGACAACCUUAUUUGACAGAGCGAGAAAACGCCUCCUCCUUACCCCCCUCACCCUCCUCUCAAACCCCUCUUGGAAGAGAGAUUGUUCUUAAGCUUUCACGGAAAUCAUAUGAAAAUAAAUUAU